GGUAUUUGCAUAUACGUCACUUAAAUAAAAUCAUUAAAUUCCCUUUGUCAAAGUAAAAAUCUGACAUUUGUGAAUCUCUUGAAUGUAAAAUGUUUGCUACACCUCGAAAUAACUUCACUGAAGGUGCAUUGUGCCACUCUACUCCGAGGUCCGAAGAAGGCAAGUCGCAACUGGAGCCCAAGUAUGUGGCGAAGCUGCCCGUGAGUAUCUAUGGAUGGUAUCGGGUCCUCAUAUUUAGCACGGAUCGCCGGGAGACAUUUAAUCGAGUGCUGCGGCGUAUUCGCAGGGUUCUGAGCCCCUUGAAGAUAAAUCCGCGUUAUAAGCAUACAGGCGGAGAACAGGAUACGGCUGAGGACUCUGGCGCCCUCUUCACGUUCUUCGUGGACAGCUACGACGUUGCAAGUGCGUUGUGUCGCCGCGGAUGGCUGGAUAAUCGGGUCUGGUUGAAGGUCAGUGACCAAAUGCCCAAGAUCUGGAUUAACGCAUUCUUUAGGCUGCGGUUGACAAGAGUGCUGUUGGAUAGGUAUAAUCAGGAUGAGCACCGCUUGGAUCUCACGCUGUUUUAUAAAGAUGAGGCCUUGGAUAGAGACUUUUGCGCGCUCGCGGAAUCUCACUGCUUGAGCACGGUGCUCGGGAUUGUAGGGAGGGAAAUGCCGGAGCUAGAGGUACUGAUUUUGGAUAGGAAUCACCUGAUCAAUCUGUGGGCCUUUACACUAAUGGAGCAUCGCUUUUCCCGACUUCAGAGCAUAUCUUUGAAGCAGAACAAUAUCGGAAACGUCGAUUCGUUGCGGGUUUUCCAGUUUCUUCCCCUGACCGAACUGAACCUCAAGAACAACCCAUUGCCCCCCGGUUACGAAAAGGAAGUCCGAGAUAUUUGGCCAAGCUUGCAGGUGCUCAACGAAAUACAAGUGACCCCCGACCCGAAAAUUAUGCAAUUAUUUUAAAGAUCGUUGCCACUUACGGACAUCAAUGUAGAACAUAUAUAAUAUAUUGGGGCUCAAGUCCUGGAGGCAGCAGUC